GGUCAAAUUACGAACAGUCGUGGAUUGGUGAUGGUAGUGUGGAAUAGGUUGUAGUGUAAUUGGGUGUUGCAUGCACGAUACUUGGGCGGUUCUUGCGUUAUUGCAUUUAUUGUGAUGAAAUAAAUUAGUGCUGUGCAGUGAUGGAUACCCCCACAGGCGGGGGAAGAGAUUCCCGAUUUAAUAUUGGUUACAAUAUGUCGCUUAUAAGUGGUGAAACGCCAUCAGAAAUUUAUGCUACAACAGGCCAUAGUAGACCUUCAACCUCUUUAAGUUCUGGUGGAGUGUCAAGGCCUUCGAUUUUACCAAGUACUUGUGGUGCAGGUAUUCAACGUGUUGGGGUCAAAAGAACGUCAUCUGAUGUGUGUUUUGAUCAAGAAGUGUCGGGUAGACCAAGCAUGGCAUCGCAAAGUGGGAUGGGCAUGACAGACUGUGGGUCGGACAUAGGGGAUGAUAGUUUUUCUCAAGCGCAGAAAAAGACACCGCCACCGAAUGGUAAAAAGACAAAAGGACGUGUUAAAAUUAAAAUGGAAUAUAUUGACAAUAAGCUGAGAAGAUACACAACGUUUUCAAAGCGGAAAACUGGAAUAAUGAAAAAGGCUUACGAGCUGUCCACACUGACGGGCACUCAAGUGAUGCUGCUGGUUGCCUCGGAAACCGGCCAUGUAUACACGUUCGCAACACGCAAGCUACAACCGAUGAUCACUUCGGAGGCGGGCAAAGCCCUUAUCCAGACGUGCCUCAAUUCGCCCGAUCCUCCUCCGUCGGGUGUAGGAGGAGACCAGCGGAUGUCCGCAACGGGGUUCGAAGAGACUGAACUCACGUACAACAUCGGAGACGACGAGCAGAAAGAAGAGGGCAUGUCCCCUCGCUCAGAGAAUGGCGGUGGGGAGACUGGAGGCGAUUCCAGCGGCAACGAGUCCCCGACUCCGGACCACGAGGCUGUUGGAACACCUGACCCGAGAGGUAACAGCAGCGGCUGUUCGAGCGAGCAGCCCCAACAGCCGGUCACCACAGUCGAUUCGCGGGCCUCGGCGGAGAUGCAAACGGCGCCCACCACACAGCCGCAACUGAUCUCAGCGAGUAUGAUGACGCCCCCGUACUCCGGUAUGAUGUACCAGACGUCCCAGGGGAUGGUAUACGCUGCUGCUCGCACAUCAGCCCUCCCGAACGGAGUCAUCUUCAGCCUGAGCCAAGGCCAACUUCAGCUGCAGCAUGCAGCAGACUCUGGCGGUGGUGAUGGGUCGUCUUCCUCGUCGUCGUCUUCAUCACACCACCACCAGCAACAAACAACCCCUCACCAGCAGUUCAUAACCAUCCCCCUGCCAAUGGC